AUGAAAAUUAAUUACAAACCGCAUAAAAAUCAUGAUCCAUAUAGGAACAUUGAACUUAGUUUAUUUUAUUUGGCAUUGAAGACACAUGGAGGUUUUGCACAAGGCAUACAAACACGUCAAAUCAAUAGUCAAAGUUUGAAAAUCAUACCUUUGUAUGCUCCGAAUUUCUACAAUACUCCGAAAUCUGACUUUUUAAAGAAUGAAAUAGUUGAGAAAGCUUUAGCUUUUUGGCAAAAUGCUCUCAGUGUUAAACGGCCAUCAAAUAGAAAUAUCCUUAUCAGAAGAGAUUGUGUAAAUGAUAGACAUUGGUUCACUCCUUUAAAAAAUGGAUCAAUUGAUAUAGUUUGUGAGCAAACAUGUCUUGAAUCAGCUAAAUGUCAUACAAUGCAAGUACCUAAGAAUUAUUUACAAGCAUGUAGAACACGCAGUGGAACUAGUGGAUUUGAUGGUUCCGGUAUACCAGGCAAUGGAUAUAUAAUGAUAAUUGAUGCUUCACCAGCUGGUUUAUGUAAUGAUGAAUGGUUGAUAGCUUAUGCGAAUUCAUGUCAGUUGGAAGGAAAUACUGAUCGUCCAGUCCUUGGAUUUAUAAAUUUUUGCCCGAAUCGUUUGGAUGAAAAAUAUCCAUUUAGUAAAAUGUUAUUGUAUACAGCAAUUCAUGAAAUAGGACAUGCAUUAGGUUUCAACCGAAAUCUUUACGCUUUUUAUCGUGAUGAGAGUGGUAAACCACGAACACAACGUGAUCGUGUUACAGGAAUGCCAAACACUAAAAGGGGAGAAUUCGGUGUAUUCGCUCCUAGUAACAAAUCAACUGAUCCAUGGUGUGAUUACUUUGAUACAACACGUGCUAAAUGUGUAUCAUAUAACAAGGCGUAUAAUUACUGUAACAUGUUACGAUAUCCACAGCCUGUUUCACCGGAAAAACAACAUGUAAAAAAUCAUAAAGAUGGUCAAUUUUUAGCAGGCGAUAGUAAAUUACAUGAUGGAUGUGCAUUUUUCCAGCCUAUGUCAAAUAUUCGAGGAACUGAUCAUUCAUCAGUUUGUACACAUGAAGAAAAUAAUUCACGUUUAGGACAAAAUCCUUUGAUGCAACACUUUGGACCUAAUUCAAUGUGUGUCGGUCAUGGAGAAAAUGAAAUAUGGGUAUUAAACACAAACGGUGGUGUUCAAUAUAUCGGUGAUAUGGGAGCAUCGUGCCACAAAUAUGAAUGCGGUAAUGGAUUAGCGAUUACGAUUGGUCGAAAUAUUAUUUCGUGUCCACAACAGGGAGGAACAGUGGCUUUAAAUGCACAAAUGAAUUUAGGACUAAUCAAAGGUUAUGUCGAGUGUCCACCAUGUAAACAAGUGUGCAGACAAUGCUAG